CCCCCGACCGCAGCCAGCUCGCGCGACCGCACCUCGACGCCGACACCUCCGCUUUCGCCGCGACAGUCACGAAGACUUGCAGACGACGUUUCUGCGGAAGCGCCCACUUGAACCUCGUGGCGACUUGUAGCAUCUGACAUUAGUUCCGGAAACUGUUAUGGCAGAGCAGGUCACCAACGAUGUGGUAAAGGAAGCACAGUCGGUGGGACGCCCUGCGCCCAUCGACGAUACUGCGUCAGCUACCAACUCCUCCGCCGUCAACGGCGAGCAGCCCUCGGGCCCAGCGACCGCGAACACCAAGACCUCUGAAGCUCCUUCUGCCUCAACGAAUGCGACGACGACAGCCUCAGCCUCGACUGCAGGCGCACAAGCUUCGGUGAACAGCAACGGCCAAACGGCGGCAGCAUCCAACAAUGUAAAGCAGCCAGCCUCAGCACCGAAGGAGACCAGCGAAGCUCUGCAGAAUGGCGAUUCUGGCGAACAGUCUGGCGCCGAGUCUCUGCAGGUCAAUGGCGAGGCAGUCAGUGGCUCAGAUACAGACAUCAGUCGACCUGGCAGCGUGGACCCAUCAAAGCAGGACACUGGACACGUGCGGACAAGCUCGACGAAAAAGCCUGCAGCUUUCAAAUCAGUUUCCGUGACGAAGAGUUUUCUGGCGAAAUCGGCGGCCUCGACUCCUGCUACGUCCCCGGGCUUGAAAGCAGCCCCAGCAGUACAACCUCCUACCUCGUCCAUUCUGACCGCGAAGCCCCGCCUCGUAGCCAAAUCUGGCACCGCAAACACUCCACGAGCUCUGGGAAAGAUGAACGGCGCAGGAUCAGGGCCGGACGCAAGCAAAGUGUGGAACAAGAACCAGCCGGUACCCCCACCACCACCAAAGCAAUACACAGAUGAGGAGCUUAAGCAGCAGUAUGGUAUCCAUCUUGCGACACGUCUGCCCAUGGACGAAGCUGGGAAAGAGGCAAAGUGGGCUGACAUCGACGAUGACGAUGGCGACUGGGCUCCAGACACCGUGGAGUGGAUGGACGGAACGAAAUCGUCCGUCACAGCUCCAGAAAACCAGCCACCGCCUGUCGAAGAACCACCGAAGCCGAUCAUUCUCGCAAAGCCUGAACCAGCGGCCGAUACGCCAAAGUCUGCAGCGCCUACAGCUACGAGCGCACCAAAGACAAGCGUAACAGGCGGCCCAAAGACAAUUCUGAAGCCUGGAGCACAUGCGCAGUCAGGCGCUACAAAGUCAAGCCUGGUUCUGAAAGGCCAACCCGAAAAGCCCACCCUCGUGGCCAAACCCUCUACCGGUGCCCCUGCUAAGUCACCAUGGGCUACUCUACCUCCUGUCGAGAAGGUGCCCCCGGUCCAGAUCAACCCGACUGUACAACAGCAGCCCACGAAUCACCGUUUUCCCACGCAGGACCACCGCGCUUAUGAGCCUAUGCCGCCACACCACGGCAGAGAAAUUGCGCCAGACGAUUUUAAUCGCACAUGGCGCGAAGAACGAGGCGGACGUGAGCUCUUCAAUUCGCAAAACGGUCGCUAUGAGCCUGUUAACGAUGCCCGGCGAGGCUCUUUCAGAGAUUCUGGUUAUAGACAGCAGCAGCAGCAGCAGCAGCACCCAUCUUUGUUGCAGAGACCAUCGCACGAUGGCCCAGCGGAGCCGUCUUCUGCCUUCCAGACUUCUAGAUCAAGCGCGGAUAUGCCAUCUUGGGGCAGGAGACGAACUUCUUCGAAUGUCAGUGGAGGAGGGCCUGGACGACGUAUGUCGUUCGAUCGACGUGGGCCAGAGUUCCCUAACGCUAUCGUGGACGAAGAGCAGCAAGCUCAACCCUUGGUCAAUGGAGCAGAGGCUGCAGGUAACGAAGCGCCGCGUCGGUCAUCGCUCGCCCAAGCUACGUCACCCCAUGUAGCUCAAGUGCAUCCAGCUGCGCCUCAAGGUUCGGCCCCUCCACCUGUGAACGCAGCCUCGCCUGCAGCAAACGCAGCUCCUACCAUGGAAGAUGCGGUCGAAGCACAGAAACGCAUGAUGGCGGACAAGAUCGAGCGCGCUCGGCUCAAGAAACAGCAACAACUGGAAGCCGAGAAGAAGGAAGAAGAGGAAAAGAAGGCCCGCAUUGCCAAACGUCUUGCAGCUCUUGGCGAGGCGCCGAAGCCAAAGUCGAGCGAAAAGCCGCCAUCACCUGCAGCUGGACGUUCGCCGCAGAAAGUCGAUGCUGCUCUUGCACCCCUGCAAUCACCGCCGAAGCCCCCCGUUCCUUCCAACGAUGGCGAGGUUGCUCAAUACGGCAUGAUGAAGGUUCACCAGCCCCAUCCAGUAAAGAAGCCGUCGCCAGUACCCCAGUCGGCGAAGCCUGUCGAGCCUCAGACAAAUGCGCACGCAGAUAACCAGGUCAGGCUACCGAUGUCACUGGAUCAGCCUCCUGUGCUACCGUUUGACUCGAACCGUGACCACGUAAAGAAGGCAACAGAACAUUCACGACCGCUAGCUGAUGGCCCAAUCCCACAAGGCCCAAAGCCAACGCAACCCGCCUGGCAGUCCGGUUCUGGCUCUCAGACACGUGGAGGGUGGACCUCACAGGUGUGGGGUUCCGCGCAAACGAGGGAUCGAAACCUUGGAAACGGUACCUUCGACUCAGGUUUCAACCGCGGUCAGCCUCGACCCGGCACUCAGCAACAGUUACCUGCACAGCCUUCUUCUGCAUCGAUUGCACCUAUCGGCGUUGAUCCUGUGGCGCCAGCAACCUCACAUACGGUCAAAUUGCCGCUCUCAUCGCAGCCGAUGCAUCCUCAGUCCAGGCAAUUGCCAGCACAGGCAGGGCCAGGCCCAAUUGCACCGCCAGCGGACAAUAAAUGGGGCAAUUUCGCCGCUCACAUUGCCCGCGAUGACGCCAACAUGGUCGUCAAGGCACAUCAGGACCGCGAGCGCAUGGGUGGUGAGACGUUCCGCCCUGAGCUACGGGAGACGUAUAAGGACCAACGAGGCAAGGCGCAGACUAUGGUUCACAGCAAAGUUGCUGGCAGUACUGUAUUGGACAGUAGUGUCAGUGCUAGGGUUUCUCCUGCCGGCUCUGAGCUUAAGCUGCGGGAUGAAGCUAUGAAGCCUUCGCACGACGGCUCUUCACCGCAACAACCUCUGAUCCAAGGCGCCCCUCUCCAGCAGGCAGGCGGCUCCCGCUCCUCACGGUUCUUCCCUCGACCGAUCGAGACAGCUUUUCAGGCACCAAUGACUACAUCAAACAAGGCCGACUCUCCGCCACCUCCUCCUGAAACUGAGAGCCAUCCAGUCUUUGCUGGCAGCGUCAUUGGUCAUCCACUGGUCAGACUUCCCAGGCCUUCACCUGUUGUUCGUCUGCCCAAGCCGGCGCAGGAUCUUGUAGAUCCUUCGGUCAAUAUGCCUCCACGUGGAUACCACGGACCUGGUGCUCGCCCUCUGGCUAUGAAUCCUGAGUGGCAAGCCCGAUUCAACAAGCUUCUGGACAAGCCUGCUGCUUCUGAUGCCGCACCGAACGCUAGGCCCUUUGCUGCAGUACCAGUCGCAGUACCUGUGAAGCCGGGCGCGCUCGCUGUCGCUGCCUCCAGUAAGGCUUCCCUCGAUGUCCGGGGCCAUGCAGGCUCUGCGACUGUUUCUCUACCCAGUGCCGCAGCCAGGAAGAUUUCAGGAACUGAUCGCAACCGUGGCACUUUCACACGUGAUGGCACUGCCGCGCUAUUCGAGGACAGGGAGUUUGGAUCACUCCCUACCGUAAGAUUGCCCAAGGUGCCUCACCUUAGCGCAAACGAGCCAGCCAUUUCCCUUCCUAAAGACGACGCCUAUGUUCGCCUCGUCAGAAAGGAGAACCCGUUCACAACUAAGAGACUGGACGCAUUCGACUUUGGUGCUGGCACUGAGAUCGGCGUUAUCAUUCGUCUGGCCCACAUGAGGAUACCCAUCACCAAGAUGAUGCCAAAGCCGCGUCGUGGCAAGGGCAAUGGAACCUACAGCAAGCUCAAGCGCAAUGGCACCCCUACUGGACCCCAAACCGGCGGCGCAAAGGACCGCCCGCGCAAACCAUCGCAGCAAGGACAAGGCGAGCGCACAAGCAGCUCGCCUAGGGUCAACUUGCCCAGCGCAUGGCCUGCCCAGCCUCGUCCUGCCGCAGCUCCCAAGCGCGAGUCCUGGGCUCAGCGUGCUGCAGCUGCUCCGGUGCACUAGAAGUGAACCCAGCACCAGUCAAACGCAGAGCCUCACCAUCCACCUUUGGGUAAUUUGGCGUCUCGCAUCUCGUAACAUCCAUUUGUCGAAUUGGAAGUGUUGCAACAGAAUCACCGGUCGCUAUCGAACUCUCGAUACGUCGUCUGCCCAACUGCGCAGGCUUGUCAAAACAUGAUAUUACGGAGUGUACUCGGUUGUUUUGGGAUUCAUUGUUCUCCAGACAGCGUGUCAUGUUAGAUGCUUACUUUUCUUCACAGCAGUACAUACUGCGGCUGUUGGACCACAACGCUUUGGUGGGACCCAAAGCCGCUUCUCUGCGACCCUUUUUCUGCCUUCAUCAACUCAUGAACACGUCUACUCUGGCCACGGCGCAGGACGCGGAUGUCAUGAUUGAUGAAAGCUACAUGCGAAAUGCGAUGGAAUGCGGAUAGACACUUGUACUGCGAAUAAUACCGAUG